CCUCCAACUCGUUCUUUCCCAACCCAAAACACCGAAAUGCCGAAAACCCAUCUCUCUCUCCUCUCUCUCUUCUCUCUACUCUCUCUCAUCUCCUCCUCUCCAAUCGACACCUUCGUCUAUGGUGGCUGCUCUCAGCUAAAAUACGCCCCAGGAACACCUUUCCAAUCCAACCUCAACUCCCUCCUCACCUCUCUCCUCAACUCAGCCUCCUCCACUUCCUACGCCAACAUCACCAUCUCCUCCCCUACCCAAGACUCCCCUCUCUAUGGCCUCUACCAAUGCCGUGGCGACAUCUCAACCGUUGAUUGCUCGAAAUGUGUCCAGAACUCAAUCACCCAACUGGGAAUUCUUUGUUUGGAUUCCUGCGGCGGUGCGAUCCAGCUUCAGGGAUGUUUAGUUAAGUACGAUAACGUGACGUUUGUUGGAAUGCAAGAUAAGACGUUGGUGGUGAAGAAAUGUGGAUUGACGUCGAACGGAUACGGUAAUGACCUUUUGAGUAGGAGAGAUGAGGUUUUGAUGGAGUUGGGAAGUGGGAGUGGGUCCUACCGUGUGGGGACAGCUGGGUAUGUAUCUGGAAUGGCCCAGUGUGUGGGAGAUUUGGACGGUGGAGAAUGUUCGGAUUGUGUUUCAGAAGCGGUUGAGCGGUUGAGGACUGGGUGCGGUUUGAGCGUGUCUGGAGACGUUUAUCUGGUGAAGUGCUACGUGAGGUACUCAGCUGGUGGUGUGUAUUCGAAAGAAACGAAGGGUGAUUCAUCUGAUGACGAGGCCGGAAAGACAUUUGCCAUUAUCAUCGGACUACUAGCAGGGGUUGCUCUGAUCGUCGUUUUCCUUUCUUUCCUAAGAAAGGCGUUUGAUGGAGGAAAAGGUAAAUGAACCGUUUGCUGUUGGUAUUUUCAUCCACACCUUAGUGAGAUGGAAUUGACCAUUUGGAAUUUCUCUCACCUUUUUCUCAGUGUUGCUUUUUUCUCCUUUAUCUUUUGCACCCUCUCUUUUUAUAUUUUCUAAAAAGGACAUAAAGGGAGGUUGAGGAAGAGAGAGAAAAAAGGUGUGGAGGCAAUUACCUAGAAAGAAGUGAGGAAAAGAUUGCUUAGGACAGAUUCCAUGCCCGCCCCACUCACCAAAGGUGCUUCUAUUUGUGUAGAAAAUCGAUUUUUUUUUUUUUCCUCCCCCUCCCUCUCUCUCUCUCUCUCUUGUCGGGGUGGAUGGGUUGGGUGUCAUUGGUUUGUGUGCCUUUAAGAUACUUGGCUUUCUUUUCAACCAAUAAUAAGUAGGUAUUAUUGUAAUUUGUUGUAAUUUCGGUAAGAUUUCCAAUGAUUCAAUCUAAUUAGU